UCCUCUUCUCCCCUCCUACCCCAAUCCCAAGACGAAGACAAAGGUGCCUUCAGAGACACUCCCGGCUCCCCACCCCACCUCACAGAUGCAUUAGGAAGCCUCAGGUGAGCAAUGGCAGGCGCUGGUGAGCGCAAAGGGAAGAAGGAUGACAAUGGCAUUGGUACGGCCAUCGAUUUUGUGCUCUCCAAUGCCCGGCUGGUGCUGGGUGUGGGUGGAGCAGCUAUGUUGGGCAUCGCCACACUGGCAGUUAAGCGGAUGUAUGACCGGGCAAUCAGUGCCCCUACCAGCCCCACCCGCCUAAGCCAUUCAGGGAAGAGGAGCUGGGAGGAGCCAAACUGGAUGGGCUCUCCUCGCCUAUUGAACAAGGACAUGAAGGCAGGCCUGAGCCGGUCUCUGCAGACCCUUCCCACAGACUCUUCUGCCUUUGACACAGAUACAUUCUGCCCACCCCGGCCCAAACCAUUGGCCAGGAGGGGCCAGGUAGACUUGAAGAAGUCACGACUCCGCAUGUCCCUGCAGGAGAAACUUCUUUCUUACUACCGGAACCGGGCAGCCAUCCCUGCUGGAGAGCAGGCUCGGGCCAAGCAAGCUGCGGUGGACAUAUGUGCUGAGCUCCGGAGCUUCCUGCGGGCCAAGCUGCCUGAUAUGCCACUUCGGGACAUGUACUUGAGUGGCAGCCUCUAUGAUGAUCUGCAGGUGGUGACGGCUGACCAUAUCCAGCUCAUUGUCCCCCUUGUGCUGGAGCAGAACCUGUGGUCAUGCAUACCUGGGGAGGACACCAUCAUGAAUGUCCCUGGUUUCUUCCUGGUUCGUCGUGAGAACCCAGAGUACUUUCCUCGUGGUAGCAGUUACUGGGACCGAUGUGUUGUAGGUGGCUACCUCUCCCCAAAGACAGUGGCAGACACCUUUGAGAAGGUGGUGGCAGGCUCCAUCAACUGGCCAGCCAUAGGGUCCCUCUUAGACUAUGUGAUCCGACCAGCGCCACCCCCAGAGGCCCUGACACUAGAAGUUCAGUAUGAGAAGGACAAACAUCUUGUCAUUGACUUCCUGCCAUCAGUAACCCUUGGUGACACUGUCUUGGUGGCCAGACCACACCGGUUAGCUCAGUAUGACAACCUGUGGCGGCUGAGCCUUCGUCCUGCUGAGACAGCACGCUUACGGGCUUUGGACCAGGCGGACUCCGGCUGCCGGUCUCUGUGCCUCAAGAUCCUCAAGGCCAUAUGCAANUCCACUCCAGCUCUGGGCCACCUCACUGCCAGCCAGCUAACCAACGUCAUCCUCCACUUGGCCCAGGAGGAGGCUGACUGGUCUCCAGACAUGUUGGCUGACCGCUUUCUACAGNCCCUGAGGGGACUCAUCAGCUACUUGGAGGCUGGGGUCUUGCCCAGUGCCCUGAACCCCAAGGUGAACCUGUUUGCAGAGCUCACCCCUCAAGAAAUAGANGAGUUGGGAUAUACCCUCUACUGCUCACUGUCUGAGCCGGAGGUGCUGCUGCAGACGUAGGGCAGGUAAAGGCCCAGUCUCUCCGUUAGAAACACUUGGCUACGUGGUUGGUGCCNCACAGGGUCCCUAGGUGCCUCCUGUUUUGCUGGUAAUUGUCUUGGUCACUUCAUGCUAAUGAGAAUGAGGUCCCUGAGGUUUCCCCACCCACCCCUAUUUUUGUAACCAAGCACUGUGCUCCCCACUUGCCGCCUUACUCUAGGCUGAGUUUUUUUGUUUUUUGNUUUUUUGGUUUUUUUUGGAACAAACAGAGGGUGUGGAGUGCUGGCCUCAGCCUUUGGGUGUUUUGUUUUUGACCCAGAUUUCUUGCUUUUCUGUCUGCUAUGUCCGGUUCUGCCCCUUGGCCUCUUGUUUGCUCUCUUCUCUGUCUUUCUCUUUCUUGGUCACCCCGGUGGCUCUUGUCCCCAGAGUACAUUUGCCUAAUGAAGAUGUUGCCUGUAGUUGAUGUCACAGAAGAGUGAUUGCAUGUUUCCAGGCUGAGCUCUGCAGAGGAAUGAGACAGUAUUUAGGUUUCCAGGGUGAGGCUGGCAAAGAGCCUCUGCCCUGGCAAAUCAGCCUUUGCCCCUGGUUCCUGGAAAACAAGCUUAUCUCCUCCCCCUACCCUAAGCAACUCCUGUUUAUCUGAGCUAAGGUUUUUGAGCGUGGGCACUGACCAACACUGGAGGGGGGGCUGCAACUGUUUUAUCAGAGGCUUAUGAGGUGCUUCCUUAUGGCUGUCAGUGGGAGCUCAGGGCUAGCACGCUGAAGCUGAUUUGGAGAGCCUGUGUCUCACUGUUUGUUUCUAUGUGUGGUCAUCAGAGUCACACAGACAAGGCAGGUGUGGGGGCUUCACAGGCAGCACCUGUAAGAUGCUGGUUUCCCCUUAAUUGCUGGUAGAAGGUGGCCUUGCUUUAGCCACGGAGGCCAAGGGAAGGCAAAAGGAGGCAGUGCCAGNCGAAACCCAGUGACCACAUUUGCUUUCUUGUCAGGCUUUACCUUUCUUAGGUGUUGCCUUAGAGCAGGAACAUACCCAGGGCCAGAACCUCCCACCUGACCCCUGUCCUUGCCACUAUAGGUACCUCCACAGGCCAGAGGGCACAUGACCAUGCCAGCCCUGCUCCCUCACUUGACUCCUGGGGAGAUUGGUGCUACCUAGGAAGAGAGUACAUAGAUAAGACCCACAGAAAAGAGGUGGGGCUUCCCACCUUGCUGCUAAGAUUGCUAUUUAUGGCCAUGUAAUCAUCCUAUGGGUGGGGGAAGGGACAUUUGGUAUGUCAUUUCUAUGUGUCCUUUUUCUUCCGUCAGGACAAGAGGCUGACAGUAACUCUGGUUCUGAUUUGCCCAUCUAGUAUUGUGUUCUCCCAUCAGGUCUUUCUUUAUCUAUUCUUACUACCUCUCCAUCAGUGUGAUUCUGGUGACGCACUCUGGCUGUGUUGGCCCUUCCUAAUGAGGGUGACACAAAAUGACUAUAAAUAGCACUGACUCUGCAGCAACCCAUUUGAAAUCAGGGUAGACACACCCNCCUCUCGACAGGUUAGGAGGUUGAGCCAGCCUAUAGAUUUAGCCUUUUCUCCUGUUCUCCCACACAUGUGUAAACACUUCUAAAGGAGUUUCUUUUUGAUUUGUGUAAGAUAGUAUGAGAAACUUGAUAAAGCCAAGAACCUUAACUGAAACAUGCCCUCCUGGUACUUAAUAAAAACGAAGUAGGAGCUGAAAACAUCUAUUGCUAAGUUGGACUGAGUAGGCACGGAAGGUNUGGCGUAGACAGUCCAAGGUUCUUGCUGCUGCCUGUUGGAGGGAGAGUUGGUAGAAUGCUGCAAAACCAGAUUUUANAGAGGAGUUAGAUUUCCUGUCAGAAGUAUUAUAAGACUCCUAAGCUGCCAUCUCUGCCAGGAAGAGUGCAAAUGAACCCCAGAACUUGAAGAUGCUCAAGAUUCCAAAUG